AUGGCCAGGAUGCAGCGCUUUCUUUUCCAGUUCCUAAACAUACUAGCAGUCAUAUCCAUCGUUCAUUGUCAGUCAGGCGAUUCCUUGACUCCAAAUAGCUCGCUCAGUAAUGGCCAGAACUUGACUUCUCCCGGAGGUAUAUUCCAGCUCGGCUUCUUCACUCCCAUCAGUGGCUCAGUAAAUGGAUAUAUAGCGAUAUGGUACAGCAAUUCCUCUCUCACGGAACGCAUGGUAGUAUGGAUUGCCAAUAGGAACCAAUCCAUCAACACCUCCACCGCAACACUCAACUUCACCUCCGAUGGCAAUCUAAUCCUCCUCGACAACGGUUCAUGGUCGACCGGGACAUCCGCAGCUCAAAAUUCAGCACAAGUGCAACUUUUGGACUCGGGCAAUCUCAUCGUGACCGGUGACGGCGGUGGUGGCUCGAAUGAGACUCUGUGGCAGAGCUUCGACCAUCCGAGCGACACUCUCCUACCCGGCAUGAGGCUCGGAGUUGACUACCGAACCAACACCUCGAGGCAGCUCGUGUCGUGGAAGAGCGUUACCAACCCCUUUCCGGGCAGCUACGCCUUCAAGAUGGAGACUCGAGGAGUUCCAGAGAUCUUCCUCUGGAAUGGCUCCUCUAAAAUCUACCGAACGGGUCCUUGGAACUCUCAGGGAUUCAGCGGCAACCCGAGGAUGGAGAAAAGCGACAUUUCGAGCCAAUUAGACUUCAAUUUCGUGUCCAACAGUGACAUGGUCUACUACUCGACUCAAUACAAGGUCGAGUCGUCAGCACUGUCGCGAGCAGUGAUGAGCGCCGCCGGCCGAUACGAGCGGUGGAACUGGGAGAGCGGCCGGUGGCUGUAA